AUGACCGACUCCAAAGUCCUCAACCACCUCCUGGCCAAACUGACCGACGAUCUCGCAGCAAAAGGAACACCAACUGCAUCCAUCACUCGACUUCAAGAAUGCAUAAAAUCCACCAUCCACUCCCUUCCAACAGAAAACCCCCUCCUCAAAACCGCCCAACAAACCCUCCGUCGCCCUCCCACCCCCCAUGAGUCCGGCGACUUAACGCUCCUCUCCUGGCUUGUUGAGAUCUUCCACACUUCGUUCCGUCUCGAGUAUGAUGUUAUGUCUUCGUCGUUACCGUCAUCUGAGACUCAGGGUGAGACUGAACCUCGGACUGAGAAGCAACAGCGCCAACUCUGGCAUCAUCGCCCCGACGUCGGUCUCACAGCGAUCAACGACGCGUGUCUGCUGCGAACAUCGGUGAUGAUUCUUCUUCGGAAAGAGAUGCGUGAGCAUCCGGCCUAUCUUACCUUUUUGGAUCUGUUCAGGGAGGCGAGGUAUCGGAUGGAGGUUGAUGUUUUGAGGGGGGCUGUUAGUGCUAAUACUGGGACUGCCAGCUCUAGUGCUGGGGUGGGGACAGGGAAAGAGGGAUAUAAGCUUCACCUCGAAGGAGAGAAGAAGAAACUAGAGAUGGGUAUAGCGACCGGGGAUGGGGCGUUCUGUAGGGAUUCUUUGCCGGUUGCGUUGGCGUUGGAGUAUACGAGUUUUGCUGAUAUGCAGUGA